AUGGUUGCCCCUGGGCCUUCGUCGGAAAUCAACAGAGAAUACUUUGCGCAGAACAAUGGCGAGGCUAUUGAGAAAGGUCUUGUUGGGACAGAAGAGUACGAACAGACAGACGACAAGGCCAGAGAGCUACUUCAGCGUCUUGCGCAGAGUAAGCCCUACUUUCGGAAAGGUCGGCAAGUCGAUGAGGGCGGCAAACCACUGUCCCACACGACGCACGGCGCGCAGAAGCGACUUGGCGCUCCGGGGGGUGGCUCUCUAUCGGCUCCGAGCUGGCGGGCCUCGUCCAAUCCGGACCCGGGACUCAAGAGCGGCGCAGGCAGCGGGGGCAGGUCCUGGACGUUCAGCUACCGGUUCCCGGAAGGGACCAGUAUCACUACCCCCACCAGGUCCCAAGGACUGGCUGCCACCAGCCGAUGA